ACAGCGAGGCAGAAGCAGAGGGAGCUAGAGGGAAAGAAAGGGAAGUAGGGCUAAAGGUGAAUGAAGGAAGAGAGAGCUACAGAGUGGAGAGUAGCCUUCAGGAGAGAGAACCAAGAAUGGGAAUGUGGAAGGGAAACAGCCCAGGCGAAAGCCAGGGAGCAGCCAUGGAGGGGACAGGCGGGGAGCUAGGGGGACAGGGGAACUGGGGCCUAGAAGAUGCCCCAGGCCUCUUGGCCAGGGCUUCCCUGCCCAUGGUGCCCCCAUGGCCACUGCCCCUGGCCUCUUCUGCCCUUACCUUGUUUCUGGGAGCCCUCACUUCCCUUUUCCUCUGGUACUGCUACCGCUUGGGCUCCCAAGACAUGCAAGCCCUGGGGGAUGGAGGCCGGGUGGGGGGUGUUAGUGGUGGGCCUGGGAGAUGCUCUGAGGCUGGCCGGCCCAGCCCACGGAGUUCUGGGGAGCUUGGGGAUGGACCUAGGAUGGAAGGCCUAGUGAGCCGUAGACUUCGGGCCUAUGCCAGGCGCUACUCUUGGGCCGGGAUGGGUAGGGUGAGGCGGGCAGCUCAGGGUGGCCCAGGCCCCGAGGGAGGGCCAGAGGUCCUGGGCAUUCAGCGCCCAGGCCUGCUUUUCCUACCAGAUCUGCCUUCAGCCCCCUUUGUGCCACGGGAUGCCCAGCGGCAUGAUGUGGAGCUUCUAGAAAGCAGCUUCCCUGCCAUUUUGCGGGACUUUGGGGCUGUGAGCUGGGACUUCUCAGGGACUACCCCUCUGCCGCGGGGCUGGUCCCCGCCACUGGCCCCUGGGUGCUACCAGCUCCUGCUGUAUCAAGCAGGCCGGUGCCAACCCAGCAACUGCCGCCGGUGCCCAGGAGCCUAUAGGGCCCUGAGGGGGCUUCGGAGCUUUAUGAGUGCCAACACCUUUGGCAAUGCUGGCUUUUCCGUCCUCCUGCCUGGGGCCCGACUCGAGAACCGCUGUGGGCCCACCAAUGCCCGAGUCAGAUGCCAUCUGGGCCUGAAGAUCCCUCCUGGCUGUGAGCUGGUCGUUGGGGGUGAGCCCCAGUGCUGGGCUGAGGGCCACUGUCUACUGGUAGACGACUCCUUCCUGCACACCGUGGCUCAUAAUGGCUCCCCUGAAGACGGGCCACGAGUGGUCUUCAUCGUGGAUCUCUGGCACCCCAAUGUGGCUGGGGCUGAGCGCCAAGCCCUCGACUUUGUCUUCGCACCAGACCCUUGAAGGAAGGUGUUCCUUUCAGACACCUGGGCUGCAGAGGGCAACACGCGCUCAGGGCCGGCUUGAUUGGUAGCCAGGACUUUCUCUGCACUUGCGGGAGCCGGAGGGGUUGAGGGUGGGACCUGGUCACUGAGCACUGAAAUAUACAUGGCAAAUCCAAACGUCUGACUCUUCUUUG